AUGACACUUAUAAGAUGGGCAGGGAUAAUAAUUGGGCCUCCAAGAACAGUUUAUGAAAACCGAAUGUACAGCCUUAAAAUAGAAUGUGGACCUAAAUACCCUGAAGUACCCCCCGUUGUAAGAUUUGUAACAAAAAUUAAUAUUAAUGGAGUUAAUAGUUCUAACGGAGUGGUGGACCCAAAGGCCGUAUUAGUGCUAGAGAAAUGGAAUCGUGCAUGUAGUAUCAAACAUGUCCUGCAUGAGCUUCGGCACCUAAUGCUGACGAGUGAUAACAUAUCACUCCCUCAGCCACCUGAAGGACAGUGUUACAGCAACUAA